GAAGACAAAUCAUUUACAUUUAUGGGAUUUUUUUUUUCAUUUUCCAAAAAAUAAAAAAAAAAUAAAAAAAAACCUGUUUUUUGUAAGUAUAUAUAUAAUUUAUAAACAUGGUUUUAAUACAUUACAUAGUUAUAUCACUUUCUCUCACCGACCACUUUUUUUCUGUUCCUAAUUUUUCUUUUUCUUACAAACACUCUGAGUUUUUAUAAAUAAAAAACUCAGCUUUUGUUCUUCAUUCAGAUUCUUUCAACUGUCACCUUCUGUUUUUAACUCCAUUAAAGCCAAAGACUUAAACUUUCUUCUUCUUCUUCUUCUGGGUUUCUUUUUUUUUUUGGGGUUUUGAGAAGAAAGUUUCAUAUUUUAUUAAUCAAAACAAAAAAAGAGAGUUGGGUUUUGAGUUUGUGUCAUUUUGGUUUGUGGGUAAGAGACUUUAUCAAAUUAUCAGUUCUCUUAGUUUGGUUGGGUUUGGCUUAAACGGUGUCGUUUUAUGGGUUUGGAGUAGUGAGCUUUGUAGUUUUGUUAUUAUUAUUUUUUUUUAAUUAAUUUCAUAGUUGGUGAAAAAUGGGUGAAGCUGAGAACAGUUCAGUACUUAGAAGAACACUCAAGAAUCUUUGUGUUAGUAAUGGUUGGUCUUAUGGUGUUUUUUGGUGUUUUGACCAAAGAAAUCCCAUGUUGUUGUCUCUUGAAGAUGCUUACUUUGAGGACCAAGUUGGUGCAGUCAUUGAAAAUAUGCUUCUAAAAAUCCAUAUGCUUGGAGAAGGAAUUAUUGGUCAAACUGCUUUGAAUGGAAAAUACCAAUGGAUUCAAGCUAAUGAGGAAUGGAAUUCCUUCAGAUCUACUCAAAAUAAUCACUUUUUUCAGGAUGAUUCUGAAGUUUGUUAUGAGUUUUCUUCUGGAAUAAAGACAAUUGUGGUUGUUCCGGUUGAAUCGCGAGGAGUAGUACAUUUCGGAUCUGUUGAGAUGAUAUCUGAGAGCUUGGAUUUUGUUAAUGAAACAAUGAGGGUUUUUCAAGAAACCGAAAAUGUUGAUGUGUUUAACACAUUGGAAAAUGCUCAUUGUUAUGAAAAAGUUGAGAACUUUGAUAUAAAUGGAUUGUUUGCUUCUUUAUUCUCAUCACAAAAUUCGAGUAGCGAGUUCAUUCCUCCAAUUUUCGGGGAAAACAAUUGCUCUGUAUCUGAUAUGGAUUGGGAAAAGAUGUCAUUUUUUAACAAAAAAAAUGAAACUUUUCUUGAUGAUCAUGACUUGUUCUGUACCGAAUAUCCUACUUUGGCUUCGUCGAAUCAAGAUUCUUUCGUGUCUCAGCAGCAGCAGCAGCAGCAGCAACUCGUGUGCUCGGGAAAAGCUAAUAGCUUGGAGAGUUUUCCCGAGAAGUUGUUCGAGGAAUUUGAGCCAAUGGAUUUCAGAACAGAUUUGUUGGGGCAAUUGGAUGAUCUUUCACAGUGGUUUGCCUCUUCAUCAUCACCUGAUCUGAAUGGUGAUAAGGCAAUUCAACAGAUACCAACUGAAUCUACUCAAAGCUAUGUUAAAUCUGGUAUCAUUCAGGGUGAUGAAAAUGAGAUUAUGAUGCCAAGUUCUGCAUCAGGAAAAUGCAUUUCGGGGUUGAAAUCUUAUCCCCGAAAAGGGUUAUUCUCAGAGCUAGGAAUUGAACAACUUUUGGUUGGUUCAAAUAGUUCUUCUACAUGUUUGACUAAAUCAAAUUUGGAAGAUGAAUCAUUUUCAUCACCAAUUAAAAGGAGGAAAAUUCAAAACACAACAAAGGAGGUUCCUAAAUCACAAGUUGGUUUAUGGAUUGAUGAUAGUUAUAGCAUCAUUGGUGGAAGUAGUAGCAGCACUGUUCUGUCUCAAUCGCAGAUGGCGAGUGAGGAGCCUAAAAAGGUUAUUAGGAAGAGGGCGAGGCCGGGGGAGAGUACUAGACCGAGACCUAAGGAUCGUCAGCUAAUCCAAGACCGAAUCAAAGAGUUAAGAGGCAUCAUUCCUAGUGGUGGAAAGUGUAGCAUUGAUUCUUUAUUGGACCGAACGAUCAAGUACAUGCUUUUCUUGCAAGGCGUGACAAAAUACGCUGACAAGCUCAAGCAAUCCAAUAAGCCUAAAUUGAUCAACAAUGACAAUGGCGCCAUUCUAAGAGACAACAACAACAACAUCAGUAGCACUAGUGGUGGUGGUGGUGGUGGAGUUACAUGGGCUUUCGAAGUUGGGGGUCAAUCGAUGGCUUGCCCUAUUAUCGUCGAGGACCUUAAUCCACCGGGCCAAAUGCUUAUUGAAAUGCUUUGCGAGGAACAUGGAUUGUUUCUCGAGAUAGCAGACAUGAUUCGAGGAUUCGGGUUAAGUAUAUUGAAGGGAGUAAUGGAAGUACGCGAAAAUAACAAAAUAUGGGCUCAUUUUAUUGUUGAGGCUAGUAAUCACAUAACAAGAAUCGAUGUAUUUUGGUCGCUCGUACAACUUCUUCAACAAACAAAUGCUGCAAAUGAGAUUGAUUCUACUAAGUUACCAAGUAAUGUUGUUAUGAAUGGAGGAAUUCCUCUAUUUGACAAUUACCAAAAACCGAAUUUUCCUCCUCCAAUUUGCUUAACCGAAACACUUCACUGAUGAACAAGUGCUCGGGUUGUGUUUAUAGAUUUAGGCGAGUAUGAAAAUGGUGCCUUAAGAAGAGAGUUUUUUGACAAAGAAAAGGCCAUACCUUGCAACAGAAACUAAGUGUUGGUUAAGUUUGUAGACUAGAAAAAAGACAUUCAAAGAGAAGAGAAGAUGAUCAUUUUGGCCCACAAAAUCCUUGCAAGUAAUUCUCCAUUAAUUGGAGAAAGAAGAAGUUUGAAGAUUUUUGGAGGCAUUGUGAAUUAAUUCUCUUGAUAUAAAUAUAUAUAUAUAUAUUUUUGGUUUAUUUUUUGUUGAAGAUUUUGUUUUUGAGUUCAUUUUUAUGUUCUAACAUGUUAAUAUUUAGAAAGUGGUGAUAAAUUGGUUAGUGAUAUAGGCUAACAAUAUAUAUAAAUAUAAUAGCUCAUUUUCUUUCA